UAGCUUGUAUCGUGUAACAAUAAAAGUAAUGCCUCUUAUAUGAACAUAUGGCAUGGUUUCGAUCAUGGAAAACGUGAUGAUUUAGGCUAUUAGACUACUUCUGUUGUAGCCCCUGUAUUUAGAGUAGGCUACUGAUAAGUGCGACUUACAUAAAAGUGUACAGAAGUUCGAAUAUUCACGUUCUUCGUGUAUUGAACGUGAAAUGCGGCUACCCCAUGUUUCCUUCAGAUAUUUUCGUAAAUGUCUUCUGUUCUGUACUACAUUUAUGCAGUUCACACGUAACGCGCCACUUGAACGUUGUCUUGGGUAGGCUAUGGUUUGUUUUCAUAAUGUCGCCACCAACAUUAAUAAUAUCAUAAAAGUUGGCUUUUAUGUUGCCGUGCAUUAGGGGUUCUAUUGCUUGCUCAAUGUCUUGUUUCUAUGGGGAAGCAAUUUCACUUUUGUCCACAAAGCGGUACUAUUCAUCGACUGACGUGCGUAUCACUAGGUAUCCAACUCCAAGUGUAAACGGAUUUGAGGCUUUAAAAAGUUUCUUUGAAGUUUUAAGUGUGUUGUAUUUUCUUUAUUUUGAAGACGUUUUAAUUUAAAGAGGUUGGUAUUUAGAGUUUGGCUCAUGGGAAAGGCAUCGUAACAAUCAAAGGGAAAAUUUGGAAUCUCCUUUGCCUCGCUUAUAGCUUGGGAAUUCUCUCGGACUUAACUUUCGCCGGAGGUCACGCAAAUUGACCUUAAAAGAAUGCAUUAGCCAUAAAUUAAAAUAAACCCCUCAUCCAAAACCUGAUCCAGUGAGAGACAAUACACGACCUGGACAAACCAGGCUUCCUUCGCGAGCCGACCAAACGGUGCGCGGUGCUGGGGAAGAGGGAACUUGACAUUGCUGUUAGCUGUGAGUGGAAGUUCCCUCAUAAGGUCACUUUCAUGAAUUCAAAAUCAACUAACCAGUGAUCUCUGGGUGCUGGGGCUACAAUCUCUCUGUUUCUACUCCUCCCACAGCAGCCAUGGAGGCCUCUCCUCGUAGCAGCUUUUUCCUGAGCAGAAUAAUGUCGUCCAAGCAAGCCGCCUCUCCGUUCCUCCCUGCCGACGGGGACGACGCCAUGAGCCAGGACAGGGUGUCCUGGGACAAGGAGGAGAGCAGCGACCCCCACGGCCCCCCCCAGCUGCCCCUGCACACCGUGCUGCACAGCAAAAGCCCCCCGGAGGAGCUCCCCGCAAUCAGCAGCGUCCCCCCGGAGUCAGAGUGGGACAGCAUCGUGUCUGCCCAGCAGCGCAUGGAGUCGGACAGCAAUAAGGUGUGCUCCCUGUACUCCUUCCGGAAUAACUCUACCUCGCCACACAAGCCCGAGGAGGGGGCCCGGGAGCGUGGCGGCGGCGGCGGCGGCGGUGGUGGUGACCAGCUGAGUGGCUCCGCCUUCGGGACCCCCGAGCGGCGUAAGGGCAGCCUGGCCGACGUGGUGGACACCCUCAAGCAGAAGAAGCUGGAGGAGAUGACCAAGACUGAGCAGGACGAUUCAUCUUGCAUGGAAAAACUUCUCUCUAAAGACUGGAAAGAAAAAAUGGAAAGACUGAACACGAGCGAACUUCUGAGUGAGAUAAAGGGUACCCCCGAAAGCCUGGUGGAGAAGGAGCGGCAGCUCUCGGCCAUGAUCACGCAGCUGAUCAGCCUGCGGGAGCAGCUCCUGGCCGCUCACGACGAGCAGAAGAAGCUGGCCGCCUCGCAGAUGGAGAAGCAGCGGCAGCAGAUGGAGCUGGCGCGGCAGCAGCAGGAGCAGAUUGCAAGACAACAGCAGCAACUUCUGCAGCAGCAGCACAAAAUCAACCUCCUGCAGCAACAGAUUCAGGUCCAAGGUCACAUGCCUCCGCUCAUGAUCCCCAUCUUUCCACACGACCAGCGCACUCUGGCAGCUGCCGCUGCUGCGCAGCAGGGCUUCCUCUUCCCCCCGGGAAUCACGUACAAGCCAGGUGAUAACUACCCGGUGCAGUUCAUUCCAUCCACAAUGGCAGCUGCCGCCGCGUCGGGGCUCAGCCCCCUCCAGCUCCAGGUCUCUUCCCUGCAGCAGCUGUAUGCGGCCCAGCUGGCCAACAUGCAGCUCUCACCCGGAGCCAAGAUGCCCUCCCUGCCCCAGCCCCUGAACUCCUCCGGCCCCGUCUCGCCCACCGGCCCCAAGGGGGAGAAGCGGCCCUCCAGCCCCCUCAUCCAGGUCAAGGACGAAGGGACGCAGCCCCUGAACCUCUCUGCCCGGCCCAAGACGGCCGAGCCGGUCAAGUCCCCCGUGUCCCCGACCCACAGCCUGUUCCCUGGCAGCAAGACCAGCCCCAACAGCCUGUCCAAGAGCAGCGUCCCCAGCCCCAUCGGAACCCUGGGCCGCGGGUCCUCUCUGGACAUCCUGUCCAGCCUGAACUCCACGGCGCUGUUUGGCGACCAGGACGCGGUGAUGAAGGCCAUCCAGGAGGCGAGGAAGAUGAGGGAGCAGAUCCAGCGGGAGCAGCUGCAGCACCACCAGCAGGGCAUGGAGGCCAAGUUCUCUGCCCUCAGCAGCAUGGGCCUCAACAACUGCAGGGCUGACAAGGAGAGGGCGCACUUCGAGAGCCUGGGACACCACCUGGGGAAGCUGGGCGAGGACGGCAAGAUGGGCCACCGGGUCAUCGACCUCACCCGGCCCGAAGAUAUGGACGGAGGCGCCAGCACUACGGAGGCUCGGGUGUACAGGGAAGCGCGGGGACGCAACAGCAACGAGCCGCACAUCAAGCGGCCCAUGAACGCCUUCAUGGUGUGGGCCAAGGACGAGCGGAGGAAGAUCCUGCAGGCCUUCCCCGACAUGCACAACUCCAACAUCAGCAAGAUCCUCGGCUCCCGCUGGAAGGCCAUGACUAACCAGGAGAAGCAGCCCUACUACGAGGAGCAGGCGCGGCUGAGCAAGAUCCACCUGGAGAAGUACCCCAACUACAAGUACAAGCCCCGCCCGAAGCGCACCUGCAUCAUCGACGGCAAGAAGCUGCGCAUAGGCGAGUACAAGCAGAUGAUGCGCUCACGGAGGCAGGAGAUGCGGCAGUUCUUCACUGUUGGGCAGCAGCCACAGAUUCCCAUCACCACCAGCGGGGGCGUGGUCUACCCCGGCGCCAUCGCCAUGGCUACCGCCACGCCCUCUCCGCAGAUGACGUCAGACUGCUCCAGCGCCUCGGCCAGCCCGGAGCCCGCCAUCCCCGUCAUCCAGAGCACCUACGGCCUGAAGCUGGAGCCGGGGGCCAUGGUGAGCGGCGACCCCGUCAACGGCGACGACGACAUGGACAUGUACGAGGACUUCGAGGACGAGCCCAAAUCGGACUACAGCAGCGACACCGAGACCAGGGAGCCUGUUAGCGCCAACUGAGUCCGCCCUACGACCCUGAUACCCCCCCCCCCCCCCAACGCCCCCCACGGCCAAACCCAGCAACACGUCCACAGAUUCAUACCGGAGAGAACCAGAGUGAGAGAGGGAGAGGGGGAGAGAGAAAGAGACGGAAGAACGAAAUAACAAAGGCAAAGAAGAAUAAUAAUGAAAGGAAAAAAACGACAAUUGAAGAGCAAAGCUCCCUUUCUGAACAUGUACUCCAUCCGAGCCUGCAUGCACAUGUGGCUCACCCACAUUCAGCUGUUGGUCUUAAGCGUUUCUUUAAGUGUGAAGCAGUAUGUUUGUUUUAAGUUUUCCCAUUUCAUUUUCUCUGUUUUUUUUUUUGUUUUUUUGUUCAUGGACAUUUUGACACAGAUUUUUUUUUUUGUCUGUUCAACUUUGGAUGUCAGGACUUGAAAUUUAACAUUUAAUAUGAAUCCAUAGCUCUCACAGUCUUACAUUUUUUGUUCUUAUGAAUAUAUUCAUAUAUAUUUUCUUUUGAAUGCUUUUAUUAGCUUAAUUUACUGUUUUGAUUGGGUAAUAUAUUCUCACUCAGGUAUGCUGUGCCAGCCAACAGCUUGUGAAUGUGUUUUUAACCUGAACUAUUUAAGAAAAAAUACAGAGAGAGAAAAAAGUAUUCUGAAAUUUCAUAAAGAUAAAACACAGAAACCAGUCCACCAGUGCGCUAACACGCACAAAGAGAAUGCAUUAGACUCCCUGAUUAUUAUUAUUAUUAUUAUUAUUAUUAUUAUUAUUAAGUAGUUUUUUGUAUUUUCCAGCAUUAAAUCAAGAUGUGCCAAACUUUUCAUAACCUUCCAUCACAUACAUCUUAAAAUGUGUAAGUCUUAAAGCAGGCACUGCGAGAGUCUUAGACAAUCUUAACGACACAACGUAAGGAAGAAGCAGCUCCCUUUCACAGUCCUCGGUAAAGUGCUCAGGAAUGUGGAUGCAGACGCAGUCACAUUUUUUCCUUGCUUUUCUUUGGGGGGGGGGGGGGGGGGGCGGUGGUCGCUGUAGUGCUGCACCACUCCAGCCCGUCUGUAUGUGCCACAGAGCCCAGCAGUGCUCUGGGAGAGACCGAUACAGUGAUCAUCCGCCCAGCCGUCCCUACGCUGCCUUCUCAGUCCAGUCUCACCCGCUGAGGUCUUAACGGCGGCGAUUGUGAUGAGCCCAGAAUGCCGAGGGGCCAAACGCGUUCCGGUCUGCCCAGCUGGAAAGAGCGGGAAAAGGCAGCUUUGGUGGCGUUACAGUCGCUGGUCGCCGCGGUACGGCGUGGGGCGAGCGCGCUCCUUUUAAACGCUUGUGCCUCUUCAGCGGGACGUGACGUUUUAAAUUCCUUUACCUUACGGGAGACUUUCCUCCUCGCAGCCGAGUCUGUGUGGAAACUGUAAAUCUUAAUCAACUUCUGAGUCUUAAAGCUACGCUCUCCUUAAGUCUUAAGAGAAACUCGUUUUGUCCAAAUAGAACAGGCAGCUAAGUUUCCCCGGAGAAAAACAGGUGAACACCCAGAGGUCACUGCACAUGCGGUACCACCAGCAGCCAGGACAGCAUCACUCAUUUUUACAACAAACAGUCCUUAAGGGUAGUUCAGUGUCAUCUGUUGUGUUCACGAGAAAUACAAUGUUUGUUACAUUAAGUCUUAACUUUAACCUAAGUUUAAACUAAGAUCGAUUCUGACCCACUCGGCAACAACAUAGCUUCCAUCAACUUCUUCUGUUUUAUCCUGGAGAAAUAAUAUACGCGUUAGAUUAGUUCCGUUCCACCGGGUCAACGUGCUGUAAGACCGCAUUAUUCAUUAAUAUUAACGUGGGGGGUAAUAAAUAGCUUAUCUCAGCAUUAAACCCACAUCCCUGCCGAACAGGCCUGAAGGAGCGGUGUCCCUCUUUAUCUCCUGAAGGGCACAAGGCCCCUUCCUCUGCGGCUUUUCCCUGGACCAGCCGACCAGCAGAGGUGAUCAGCGGUCAAGGCGGUCAGCAGCGAGGUGGUCAGCGCUCAAGGCUGUGCGAUUUGGCAUUGGGGCGCUUUGCCCCCCCCCCCGCCCCACCUGUGUAGCUGGGCCAGUCCAACACUUCCAUCCCCGUCCAGCCCCCACAUCCGCCCCCGUGCCCACGGCAACCCCUGCCCCAAGGGGCAGCCAUCUGCUUUGGAGGGGCAGGAGAGAUGGGGCUCUCCCCGGCACGCUGUCUCAUUGUGCCCUCCCUCCGAUGGGCCUCGGCUGGGCCCAGGCCUGGCCGGGCCAGCGAGAUGCCGGCGAGCAGAUGGAACAAGUACAUCAAGCUGUGGGGGAUUAUUAAAAUGACGGAGGAGUGGGUAUCAGCUCAAAUACGCCAUUAUUAAUGUAUGAAUCCCCUUAUUUUCCCUACGCCCUUGAACAGCCGCCCCCCCACCCCCACCCCCACCCCGUCCCCCACCCCCCCCAGGAAACAGAGUGAUUAGGAGAUGUGUUUACCUGCCACGGCUGGCACUGAUGAUCACUGUAUGAUUUCCUGCAUUUAAAAAAAAUGGCACUGACGGCUUUCUCUAUUCUCUUUCCUUUGUUUUCUAGUUUCCACUCGCUUAGAGCUUGUCAAUCAAAUUUUUUGAAACAUACCCCACCCUUGCAAACAGGAUAAUCAGUUCCAUCUCAAUUCCAUUUCCAUGUUUUAAUUUUUUUUUCUUUUCCGGGAAAUGAUUAUGAUUUGUUUUACUCUUUAAAACAAACUGAAUUUUCUCCCGCUGUACACAGGCCAACAGUUCUAGGUGUGGUAGGUUGUGUUUAUUCCGUUUGCUGGUCGAUAGGUACGUGAUUUGUCUGCUCUUAAUGGCCAUGCCAGGAUGGAGGUUUGAGGAAAAAACGGCCGUUCGCGGGACUGAAACUUGAUUGCGCUUGUAUUACAAACAAACAAUAAACAAACAAACAAAACAAAAAAAAAAUAAGAAAAAAGUUAAACUCUCACAGAGACAUUGUUUGAUAAGUGUUAUAAGCACUGGAUAUAAAUGGUAUUUUUUAUCAAUUCUGACUAAUGUGAAGCUGUUGUAUGAGAGCGAGCGAGAGAGCGAGAGAGAAAAAAACGGCAUGAACAAAGUCACCAGUUUGGACUCAUGUGGGCUUGUCUCACGGUUGCCAGAUUUUGACUUGGUUUUUUUCUGUCUAGUUAUUUUGUUUAUUUAUGCAAAAAAAAAAAAACAUGUUAUGAAUGGACACUUUGUUUUAGCUCCACUGCUACCAGAGGGAAACUGUUCAGAACACCCGCCUAAAGGCUAACAUAGCUGGUCAACUGAGAUACACCGGACUCCAGAAAUGCAUUUUUAUUGGUCAAGUAUGUUUGUGUUGUAUGUUGUAUUUGAAGCUAUAUAGUGCAUAUAGACAUUUUAUUGUAUUUAUUAGCCAGUGGUGGCUCUAAAAAGUGUCAAUACAGCAUAAUUAAAGGACAAUCAGAAAAUAAAGAAGAAAAACAGUGAGAACUGAACCCGAUUUGGAGCUGAAAACAAAGUUUCUUUUUUUGGUUUUGCAUUUUUCUUCUAGAAUUUACCAUCUCAUUGUAGAAUUUUUUUGAAAUUGUAAAUAUAACAUAGGAAAAUAGAAUUCUAUUUUUGUUCAUGAAUACUUAGUGAAGUAUAAGUUAUGUAUUUGACUGUUUUUUUUUCUUUUUUUUACAUCAGUGUAUGUUGGUCUGUGUUAUAGAAAAAAAACUGACAAGUCACUGUACCUCAUGUAGAUGCUGAAUUUAGAAAUAUGAUGACAGAGAGCAGUAUUGGACCUGUAGCUGAGAUGGCUGGGCACCUCACUUGUUUGUGUUUCAAUAACAUAUCUUACACUUUUUCAGCAAACAGUAGUCAUUUACUGGCGUAAGACAAUAUUAGAGUCCAACUGAUGUACUCUACCAGACUCUUGCUAAUGCAAGUGAAAGGUAUAGCAUUUUAUUCAGUGCAAUUCUGCAGCAAUGCAAUGACUCUUUCACCAUUAUGCUUAAAGAGUGUUUGAUCUUUCAUUGCAUUGGCUGGUGUACAAAACAAGCACUUAAUGAUUCAAUUUUAAAUCCAUCUGUCUGUCUAUCCAUCCAUCGAUCCUAUCUAUCUACCUAUGUAAACUUAACACACAUUCAUUGUGUUGUGUUUUAACUGAGAACACAUUGAUAAAUGACUUGAUCUCAUUUACUAAAAUGGUCCAGUUGCAUUUCAAGCCACAAUGAAAACACCUUUGGUAGCUGUAAAAUUGUGCCAAAUUUGGAAAAAUUGGACGGAACUAUAGAUAACAGAAAUACAAAAUUACAUUUAGAUUCUGGAGGUGCAUUAUUAUUAAUAGUAUUAUUAUCAUUACAGAAACUGAGUGGGUAACUCUUUCUCUAAACAGGCAUCUUAUUGAAAACACAAGUGAGGUUCUUGUUAAGCUUAGGUUAUAGGGGACGUGCAAAUAUUUAUUAGUUUGUGUGCUGCACAUUGCAGAAAUUUAGUGUGCAUUCCCUGUCUGUCUGGUUUUGCUUUUCCUAUUUGGCUUAUUUUUAAAGAAUUUUAAUGUUUAAUAAGUUAGCCCACCCAGUUUAUUGACAAGCUUAGUCUGCUUUGCAUUUCUGUGAACACACGAGCAGUCUUUGCCGUGUAAUAUCAAGGUAGAUACAGAAGACAAGCCCGUGAGCUCUUACUACAUAACUUAUAAUACUGUAACUAUUUUCUUUUUCCUAACAUUGGAAUUUAUGGUGUACAUUGUGUGAUUGGUCCGAUUGUUUUCUGUGUUAAUUUAAUCAGCACAAUUCACUGACAUGCUGGACUGAUAUGCUAGCUGCUGUUCACAAGCAUCAAUUUUGCUGUUGGGAGGGCAACCCCCCCCCUCCCCGCCCACCCUGCCCCCUGCUGUUGUAUCAAUGGUACUUUACUUUCUUUUUUGAUUGUUAUGUUAUUCAAGCGUGUGGCUCCUCUGUCAACGUAGGGCUGCUGGGGUUUUUUUUUUUUUCCAGUCUGCUUGCAGGCUCCUACAAGCAAGUUCUCUUUGUAGAAAUACUUCUCUCAGCAGGGCAGUAUGCCCAUGGCAGAUAUCGUAGGGCGUUACUAGAGAUAAUAAAAUAGUGUCUGUUGCUGCUUUGAAGAAAAAAAAAAAGUUUUACGUCUGAAAAUGUAAAUAGUUUAUCAGAAUAUCUUGUACAGUCCAGUGUAAAGUUUUUAAUUGAACUUAAAAGGUUGCCAUCACAUUUGUGUUCACAUUCUUUUUACAGUACAAAAAGACAGCUAUUUGCUAAGGUUAUUAUUGUUUAAAAAACAAGAGAAAAAAGGGUACUAAAAAAACUUUGUAUUUUUUUUUUUUGUUUUUUGCUUCGCUUCAAAAUGUAAACCAGCAGAGUCAUUGGUUUCCAUGUGCAGUAUUGAUGUGAGCUAUAAAAAACUAAAGGUAAAAUCAUUUUACAGUGGUACACGCAGAGACCAGUCUUCUCUGUUUUUUGGUAGUAUUAAUAAAUCAAAGACGAUACACUGGUUGACUGACAAAACCUGAUGUAUUUAGGCACCUUAGUCAUAUGUACAAAUCCUUUGGUAUUUUCCCCCCACAGGAAUGAUAUGUAUAUGUUAUUUUUUUGGCAUAUUGUAAUGUAGCAUCAUUCGUUGGUGUACCUAAUCAGUAACAUGGUGGAGGUAGGGGGCAGGUGUGGGGAGGGUUUGUGUGGCUGCCUGUUUAAGCUCAUUUACCUCAAGUUUCCUCCUUUUCCUACAAAGAAAAACACAGAACGACAAACAACAAACAACAGAAUUGUCUCACCAUCACUCCAUCUUUUGUACUGCUGUUGACACUUACAAAAUUAAAGAGAAAUUUUGUUUUAA